AUGAGCCAUAAGAUGGAUUCCGAUGCUGUCAAGAAGGGAGGGUCACAGUCUACGGACGUGAGCCAAGAACAAGCGAUAAUGUCAUCAAGUGCCAUUGUAACUGGUCAUGAUGAUUUGCUGCAACUUGAACAAGUUGAAGUUGAUCAUGCUCUCGCUGCUAAGAUGAAGCUCGUGAAUGAAGCCAUUGAUGGAAUAGGGUUCACAGGGUAUCAUACCAAACUAUUUUUCCUGAAUGGAUUCGGAUAUGGCGUCGACUCUUUAUUACUGUUUUUAAUGAGCAUCUCGGCUGAUCAAGUUGUCGCGCAAUAUCCCCCGACAUUCAAAAGGGGUGCACAGCUGGGAUUUUAUAUUGCUUUGUUAGCGGGCGCGCUAUUUUGGGGCAUUACAGCUGAUAUAAUUGGUCGAAAAUGGGCCUUUAAUUUUUCUCUGCUUACAAGUGCUGUGUUUGCUAUCACCGCGGGCGCUGCUGGAAGCUAUCAUGCCUGGGCUACUCUAGUAGCAAUAUCAGCCUUUGGGUCGGGUGGUAAUCUGGUUCUUGACACCACUGUCUUUCUAGAAUACCUACCUUCGAACAAACAAUGGCUUCUGACUCUUCUAGCAGGGUGGUGGGGUGUUGGCCAAACUGUGGCUGGCCUUGUUGCCUGGCCUUUCAUGGCGGGUUACAGCUGUCCAUCUGAUGGCUCUUCUCCAUGUACCAAUGCCAAUAACAUGGGCUGGAGAUAUCUUUUCUACACCUGUGGCACGCUUGUUUUUAUUUUGAGUAUUGCCCGGGUGUUAGUCAUUAGGUUUCACGAGACUCCCAAGUUCUUACUCUGUCAAGGACAUGAUGAGGAGGUCGUGAAAACGCUCGAUAAUCUUGCUCAGAAAUAUGACCGAACAUCUAAUCUAACGCUGGAGCAGCUCCAAGCCUGUGGUCACAUUAACAGUACUCAUGCCAAAAACAAAGCGUCUUUUUCGGAAUUGGCUGUUCAUUUUCGGGGCCUAUUCGCAACUAAAACCAUGGCUUUCUCAACAUCCCUAGUAUGGCUAUCAUGGGCAUUGAUCGGACUGGGAUAUGCAUUGUAUUAUGUUUAUUUACCCGAAUAUCUGGCGUCUCGAAAUGCCGCUGCUGGCGACGACUCCACCUACCUGACAUGGAGAAAUUACGCAAUUACCAAUGUAUGCGCUGUCCCCGGCCCUAUUAUGGCCGCCUACAUGUGUGAGAUGCCAAUCUUUGGUCGGAAAAGAACCAUGGCAACUGGGGCUUUGAUAACUAUGGCAUUCUUCUUUGGUUAUACUGCUGUGAAAACAAGUGCUCAGAAUCUGGGAUUUGCCUGCGCAAUUUCCGUUACAAUAAACAUGUAUUACGCCACUCUCUACGCUUAUACCGUUGAGAUACUUCCCUCAGCACAUCGUGGUACUGGAAACGGAAUUGCUGUUGCACUAAAUCGUUUGAUGGGAAUGGUUUCUGCACUCAUAGGUGCUUUUACAUCAACAUCAAGUCCAGUGCCAAUAUAUGUCUGUGCUGGCUUGCUUGGCAUGGCAGGCAUUCUUGCAGUGCUAUUUCCCCUUGAAUCAAGGGGAAGGCAGAGCGUCUGA